AUGGCAACUUCACAAGCCAGUCAGGCCCUCAUUCGACGGUCAGCUGCGGACGAUGUCGCCCUUAUGCCCCCGCCCCCCCUCAAGCGCAUAAAAAGGCCACCAAAAGUUCUGGACGAGGAUGAAUAUACCCAGGCGUUAUCCGACAUCAUCGCCCGCGACUACUUCCCCGGUCUGCUCGAAAGCCAGGCUCAACACGAAUACCUGGCCGCGCUGGACUCUGGAGAUGAAGCUUGGAUCGUAGAGGCGGCGCAGAAAUUGAGACAAGCAGGAGCGCCGGCAACAGGCAGCAAGAGAAGGUCAGCGCGGAACACUCGGUUUGACAGGACCCCUUCAGCAACGCCCCGAGUGGCGGAAGAUACGCCGGUUGGGUACACCGGGAGUGAGACACCCGUCACGGUCGCCGGGACAGAGGUUGAAGAGGCAGGAGAGGAGUCACGAACGCAACAACUGGACACAUCGAAAUACUCGCUGGGCUCCUUCCAGGCGAAAUACACGUCCGAGGACAAUGAAUCAUUCAACACUCUGCUCGACAAACAAAAUCAAAAGCGCCGUGAAAAGCACGCCCACCUCUGGACCCAAGAUCAACGACUCCUCUCUGGCCGACAAAUCGCGUACCGUGCCCGCGAAGCCCGACUCCUCAAGGAGCGCGAAGAGGAUGAAGCGGCGGGAAAAUCUCUGGUGCCUAUAACGACGGGGGCGACAGAUGCCCGCCUCGCGAAACCGGACUCUUGGAAAAUCAAGCGGCCCGACAACACUUUGAUGUUCAAUGCGACCUCCGUGGACGAGGACGGGCUACAGACGGUGCAGGAGGUCAAGGAGCAAAUCUCCAAAGCCGGGCCAAAACACGUCGUCCACGCAAAUACACGAUUCCCGCCGAUGCAGUACGUCGACGAACCCGGGCCCGUGCCCGCUUCCCCGUCCCUCAACACGGAAAUCAUUGUGCAACGGACCACCCGCGGGGUGCAGCGAGGGGACGGCGAUUCUGCGACGACUACCGACUUCCCCGGAAGCGAAACUCCGCGUGUCAACGGCUACGCGUUCGUGGAGGAAGACGAGCCCGAAAACCUUGGCAAGGGGACCGAAUCUUCGGCCCCCAGUUAUCGCGACCUCUUGGCCGGGCAGGUCGGCGACGGCACACCCAACCCGUUCAAGAUCAGCGAGAUCCGGAAGAGAGAGGAUCUGCAUCUGCGCAUAUUGGAGAAGCAGGCGAGGAGGAAGAGGGAGCGAGAGCGAGAGACGGUAAAAACACCGGGACCGGCUCACUCUCUGUUUGGGGUCGGUGGGCAAACGCCCUCCACGGCGAUCGGUAGUGGCGGCGGCAACAUGACCCCGGCGGCGAGACGUCUGAUGGAGAAGCUGGGAGGCAAGACACCCGUGAGAGCCGGCCUCGGGCUCGAGAGCAGUGCUGGCAUCGAGGGAGUCGACGCAAAGGACAUGUGGACUCCUGGGCGGACUCCGCGGAGGCGACAUGCUCAUCCUCAUCCUCAUCAUGCUGGAAAGUGA